AUGGGCAAAUACCAACAUUCUUCUCCCUUUCCAGGUGAAGAGACGGCUUUAUUUGUGAAUGACCCUUCUGUGAAUGAGAAGGUUCAUUUCUUCCUUGUGCGUGAGGCCAAAAUCUCUCAGGGCACCCUAAAAAGAAUGAUUCUAUGCUCAAUAAUCCUCUUGCUUGUCAUUAAACUUAGUUUAUCUGGUGGUGAUGAGCUCACAUCGUGUGAGAUAGUAGGACCCCAUGCUGGUAUCUAUGAAGGCUACUAUCUGCAGGCGGAUCCUACAAAUUCAGGCAGUAUUGGAGCUCACGAUGCUGCAAGAUUCUUAAAAAAGUCUUCUUUAAAAGAAAAUGUUCUAUCACAGAUAUGGGAUUUGUCUGAUCCAACUGGAAAAGGAUACUUGGAAAAACCAGGAUUCUUUGUUGCACUCAAGUUGAUCGCCCUUGCUCAAAUUGGGCAUGAGAUCUCGCUUGCCAGACUGCCUACUGAUACGCCGCCACCAAAUUUGGGACCAGUGGAACCAGUUCUCUCUCCUCCUGAUCCUGUCAUCAUGAGCCCACCACCAUCUGCUGGUGCCAAUUGGGCUGUUUUGGUAAAUAUAAUUCUUUACUUUUUUGAAAUGACAAACUUUCUCUAUUGA